UCCCUUCUCUCUCUCUCCCUCCCUCCCCCACACACCAUCUCCUCUCCUCCUUCUCACUUCCCACUCCUCUCUCUCUCUCUCUCUCCCCCCCUUCUCUCUCUCUGCUCCCACUUCUGCAGACCGGUUCUCAUAUGGUCUCAAGGUAGCUGCUCGUCGUACAUGGAUUCCUUGCGGGUGGCGAUAGCGGCGGCACUGUUUGUCGCCGCGGUGGCGGUGGCGGUCGCGGCGGCCGCCGACGACGCGCAGCUGCUGGAGGAGUUCAGGGCGGCCGUGCCGAACCAGGCGUCGCUCUCCGGGUGGAAGGCGGCCGACGGUGCCUGCAGGUUCCCCGGCGCGGCGUGCAGGGCCGGGAGGCUCACGUCGCUGUCGCUCGCCGGCGUGCCGCUCAAUGCCGACUUCCGCGCCGUCGCGGCCACCCUGCUGCAGCUCAGCGGGGUCGAGGCGCUCAGCCUCCGCGGCGCCAACGUCAGCGGAGCGCUCGCGGCGGCGGGCGGCGCGAGGUGCGGGGGCAAGCUGGAGGCGCUCGACCUGUCCGGAAAUGCCGCGCUGCGCGGCUCCGUCGCCGACGUGGCGGCGCUCGCCGACUCGUGCGCCGGGCUGAAGAAGUUGAAUCUCUCCGGCGGCGCGGUUGGUGCGGCGAAGGCCGGUGGCGGUGGCGGUGCGGGCUUUGCGGCCCUGGACGUCCUUGAUUUGUCCAAUAACAAGAUCACCGGCGAUGCCGAGCUUCGUUGGAUGGUGGGUGCCGGCGUCGGCUCAGUCCGGUGGCUGGACCUCGCCUGGAACAGGAUCUCCGGCGAGCUCCCGGACUUCACCAACUGCUCGGGGCUCCAGUACCUGGACCUGUCCGGCAACCUCAUCGACGGCGAUGUCGCCAGGGAGGCGCUCUCCGGCUGCCGCAGCCUGAGAGCGCUCAACCUCUCCAGCAACCAUCUCGCUGGCGCGUUCCCGCCCAACAUCGCCGGCCUCGCGUCGCUCACCGCCCUUAACCUGUCCAACAACAACUUCUCCGGCGAGGUCCCAGCCGACGCUUUCACCGGGCUACAGCAGCUCAAGUCGCUCUCCCUCUCUUUCAACCACUUCACCGGCUCCAUCCCCGACUCCCUCGCUGCGCUGCCGGAGCUCGAGGUGCUCGACCUCAGCUCCAACACCUUCACCGGCACCAUCCCUUCCUCCAUCUGCCAAGAUCCCAACUCCAGUCUCCGCGUCCUGUACCUUCAGAACAACUUCCUCGAUGGCGGCAUCCCGGAAGCCAUCUCCAACUGCAGCAACCUCGUCUCCCUCGACCUCAGUCUCAACUACAUCAACGGGUCCAUCCCUGAGUCCCUCGGGGAGCUUGCCCACCUCCAGGAUCUUAUCAUGUGGCAGAACUCGUUGGAGGGUGAGAUACCGGCGUCCCUUUCACGCAUUCGAGGGCUCGAGCAUCUCAUCCUUGACUACAACGGGCUCUCCGGCAGUAUCCCGCCGGACUUGGCCAAGUGCACCCAGCUGAACUGGAUAUCCUUGGCGAGCAACCGGCUGUCUGGUCCGAUCCCGUCUUGGCUUGGGAAGCUCAGCAACUUGGCAAUCUUGAAGCUGAGCAACAAUUCCUUCUCUGGACGUGUACCACCAGAGCUUGGUGACUGCAAGAGCUUGGUAUGGUUGGACCUCAACAACAACCAACUCAAUGGGUCAAUUCCGCCGGAACUGGCGGAGCAGUCUGGGAAGAUGUCUGUUGGGCUCAUUAUUGGGCGGCCCUAUGUGUAUCUUCGCAACGAUGAGCUGAGCAGCCAGUGUCGUGGGAAGGGGAGCUUGCUGGAGUUCUCAAGCAUCAGAUCUGAGGACCUUAGUCGGAUGCCGAGCAAGAAGCUGUGCAACUUCACAAGGGUGUACAUGGGUAGCACAGAGUAUACCUUCAACAAGAAUGGUUCCAUGAUAUUUCUGGAUUUGUCAUUUAAUCAGCUUGACUCGGAGAUACCCAAGGAGCUUGGUAACAUGUUCUACCUCAUGAUUAUGAAUCUUGGGCACAACCUUCUUUCUGGCCCUAUCCCACUGGAGCUAGCUGGUGCCAAGAAGCUCGCAGUACUCGACCUUUCGUACAACCGGUUGGAAGGGCCGAUACCCAGCUCUUUCUCGACACUCUCCUUGUCAGAGAUCAAUCUGUCGAGUAAUCAGCUGAAUGGGACAAUUCCAGAGCUCGGCUCCCUUGCAACCUUCCCGAAGAGCCAAUACGAGAAUAACUCUGGUCUGUGUGGAUUUCCACUGCCGCCGUGCCAGGCACAUGCUGGGCAAAGUGCUUCCGACGGCCACCAAUCUCACCGGAGGCAGGCAUCCCUUGCCGGGAGUGUCGCUAUGGGACUCUUGUUCUCACUGUUCUGUAUAUUUGGGUUGGUCAUCAUAGCCAUUGAGAGCAAGAAGCGGAGGCAGAAGAAUGAAGAGGCAAGUACCUCCCAUGAUAUUUACAUUGAUAGCCGGUCACAUUCUGGCACUAUGAAUUCCAAUUGGAGACUCUCUGGUACAAAUGCCCUCAGCAUCAACCUUGCUGCGUUUGAGAAGCCACUGCAGAAGCUCACCUUGGGUGAUCUUGUUGAGGCCACAAAUGGAUUCCACAAUGAUAGCCUGAUUGGGUCUGGUGGGUUUGGCGAUGUCUACAAGGCACAGCUCAAGGAUGGGAGGAUUGUCGCAAUCAAGAAGCUAAUACAUGUGAGUGGCCAGGGUGACCGGGAGUUCACAGCUGAAAUGGAGACCAUUGGGAAGAUCAAACACCGCAACCUUGUUCCGCUCCUCGGCUACUGCAAGAUCGGUGAGGAGCGGCUGUUGAUGUAUGAUUACAUGCAAUUUGGCAGCUUGGAGGAUGUGCUGCACGACCGGAAAAAGAUCGGGGUAAAACUGAACUGGCCAGCAAGGCGGAAGAUUGCGAUUGGGGCAGCACGAGGAUUGGCAUUUCUCCACCACAACUGCAUCCCACACAUCAUCCACCGAGACAUGAAGUCAAGCAAUGUGCUUGUUGAUGAGAAUUUGGAAGCAAGGGUCUCUGAUUUUGGUAUGGCGAGGAUGAUGAGUGUGGUGGACACACACCUGAGCGUGUCCACUCUUGCCGGCACGCCGGGGUAUGUGCCACCUGAGUACUACCAGAGCUUCCGAUGCACAACAAAGGGUGAUGUGUAUAGUUAUGGCGUUGUAUUGCUGGAGCUGCUCACUGGGAAACCUCCAACAGAUUCAGCAGAUUUUGGUGAAGACAAUAAUCUUGUAGGAUGGGUCAAGCUGCAUGCGAAAUUGAAGAUCAUCGAUGUGUUUGAUCCAGAGCUGCUGAAGGAUGAUCCUUCACUGGAGCUUGAGUUGCUGGAGCAUUUGAAGAUCGCCUGUGCAUGCUUGGAAGAUAGGCCGACUAGGCGUCCGACAAUGCUUAAGGUCAUGACUAUGUUCAAGGAGAUCCAGGCCGGAUCAACGGUGGACUCAAAGACCUCAUCAGUGGCCACGGGCUUAAGCGACGAUGUAGGUUUUGGAGUUGUGGACAUGACCCUCAAGGAAGCCAAGGAAGAGAAGGAUUAGAUGAAAACCAGGAACGACACUCAUGCACGAAAGAACCCGCCGUGACCGGCAGCAACACGUCUGGUCUUGCGGUGAAAUGCCGAUAGAAAUCAGUCUUUCAGAUGAGAUGCCAUUUUGAAGUUCCACGCAAGCUUAGCAUUUGCUUCUGAUGGUACAAGAUAAAGAAUUUUUCUCUUGUAGCUUUGGUAAGAAGUUGUCAUGUAACUAUAGGAGUAGCUCACUUCACUUUAUUUCCCAGCUUUCUUCGUCUUCUUGUUUCUUUCCACGUCGCACUUGAGUAAGAGCUGUGUAUGUACAUAUAUAAAUGGUGAUUUUUCAUCGGUGCAAAUUCCACUUCAGUUGCUCCUUGUCAAA